UAUAGUAUACUCUUGUCCUCGGCGCGUACGUCUCCACCGACGGUAUCAAGAAGAACGGCGAUCCAAAACGGAGGGGACAUCGGUUUACGAAUAAUUAGAUCUUCGGGCAGAUGACGACGACCGCGCCCCCUUCCUCUUCCUCCUCGGGAUUCUCCAAGUAUCUUCGAGAUUUCGGCUGGGACCUGCUUAUUGGAUCGAUUGCCGCCUUUUACGUGAUCAUGGUGCCCUAUACAAAGGUUGAAGAGAGCUUCAAUGUCCAGGCAAUGCAUGAUAUACUUUAUCACAGGCAUCACAUCGAUAAGUAUGACCACUUGGACUUUCCUGGUGUUGUUCCUCGCACUUUUAUGGGUGCACUAAUCUUCUCAGUUUUGGCAUCACCACUUGUGCUUUUGAUGCAUGCUAUCCACCUUCCAAAAAUAUACAGUCUAUUGGCAGUUCGCAUGAUGGAAGGCUGCAUUGUGUUGUUGGCGCUGCGGUUCUUUCGGAUCCAGCAGGUCAGGAGAAAAUUUGGAUAUCAUGUUGAAGCAUUCUUUGCCAUAUUAACAGCUGUACAGUUUCACUUAUUGUUCUACUCGACCCGCCCUCUUCCAAACAUACUAGCUUUUGGCUUAGUUAACUUGGCAUAUUCUUUCUGGUUCAAAGGAAAUCCAUAUGCAACUCUCAGAUGUCUGACUUGUGCUUCAAUCGUAUUUAGAUGUGAUACUGUGCUGCUCUUUGGACCAAUUGGAAUCGAACUUUUGCUGAGCAAGUCCAUCUCCAUUUCUGAGGCAAUAAAGUGCUGUAUAUCUUCUGCCUUUCUUUGUAUAGUCUUCACAGUACUGCUUGAUACUGUAAUGUGGCAAAGAAUUUUGUGGCCAGAGCUGGAGGUUUUUUGGUUUAACUCUGUUUUAAAUCGGAGUUCAGAAUGGGGUACACAAUCAUUUCAUUGGUACUUCACUUCAGCACUUCCUCGCUCCUUGCUUGUGGCAUAUCCUCUCUGCCUGGCAGGAGUCCUGCUUGACAGGAGGGUUAUGCAAUACAUUGUUCCUGUUUUCUGCUUUGUUUUACUUUACUCAAAACUUCCACACAAGGAGCUUCGUUUUAUAAUUGGUUCCAUUCCUAUGUUCAAUGUAUCUGCAGCAAUUACAGCAAGCAGACUAUAUAUCAAUAAGAAGAAGGAUGGCUGGAGGUGGCUCUACAUAAUGUUGCUUGGAUCUUUUCUUGUCAGUCUAGGAUGCUCUGUUAUGACAUUCAUUGCAUCCUAUUACAAUUAUCCUGGAGCUUAUGCUUUGAAGGCUCUGCAUCAAGCGGACACCUCUAAUACGACAAAAGAGAAGUUUGUUCACAUUGAUGCCUUCACAGCGAUGAAUGGAGUUUCUCGUUUUUGCGAAAAUGAAUAUCCUUGGAGAUACUCAAAAGAGGAAGGAAUUGCCUUGGAUGAGUAUCAUGACAGAAAUUUUACAUACCUGCUGAAUGAGCAUUUUCACAUUGAUGGGUACAAGUGCUUGUUUGCGGUAAAUGGAUUCUCUGGAGCCCGUCUUCAGGUUGGCUUUCCACCAUUUCUCUUGUUAAAGGAGCCAAAAGUAUUUGUUCAUGGAAACAUGAGAGAUGGGGAUAUUGACCAUUUUAGUUGGCCAGGUUGCCCAUGAUAUCACCUGCAGAAGUGUAUCCACUGGAGCAGGCAUAAUCAUGUAUCUUCACCUAAAAGGGUAUGAGCACGAGGCAUUAUUAGAGAACGCCUUUGCUUUGAUAGUAUCUGCACUUCGAGGCAUUGGAAAUUUUGGAUGAUUAAUAUACUUUGGCCAAUUGCAAAUUCAAAAUUGUGCAUCUGAGAUUUUUGUAUCAAUUUACAUUGUAGAAUAGUUUGAUCAUUGUUUUAAGAUGGCCAUAGCAUAUAUCCAUGGGGUGGCUGAAUGCCAGAUGAGACUGAACCAAAAGGUAGCUUUGGA